AUAAAUAAAUAAAAUAAUUAUUUACGUGUUAUAAAUAUACUAAUUCCUGUAGAGAAAGCAUCUACACAUUGUUCAAUCCAAAGCUUUGAGUCUAGAAAACCAUGAAUUCCUCUCCUUCUUCUUCUCUAGAAGAUCAGCUCAACCUCAUCGAGAAACUUCUAGUGUUCGAGAUCCAGGGCCGUGACAAACAUGGCCACAAGAUUCUUCGAAUCAUCGGAAAGUUCUUCCCUGCUCGACUUGUGAGCAGUGAUGCUCUGAACAAGUAUCUAGAAGACAGAGUUUUCCCAAACUUAGAUGAUGAGAAACCAUUCUCAAUGGUCUACAUCCACACGGAUGUUAACCGGACCGAAAACUUUCCCGGAAUCUCAACUCUCCGAUCGAUCUACGAGGCUAUUCCGGCUAAAGUUAAGGAUAACCUAGAAUCGGUUUAUUUCGUUCAUCCAGGGAUACAGUCCAGGCUUUUCUUAGCCACCUUUGGUCGGUUCCUUUUCAGCGGAGGUUUGUACCAGAAGCUAAACUACGUGAUCAGGUUGGAGUUUCUUUGGGAUUAUAUGAAGAGGAGUGAGAUUGAAGUGCCCGAAUUCGUGUGCGAACACGACGAGGAGCUCGAGUACCGUCCGAUGAUGGAUUAUGGGAUCGAGAGUGAUCACCCCACUGCCAUCACCAUGGUUGAUUCUCCUAUCUCCAUGUACUCCAUGCGCUGCAUCGCUUAGAAAAUGGCUUAAACAAGAUAUUUAUAUAUAUAUGUGUAUAUUUCUGUUUUCUGAUGAUGGUUUAUGGUGUUUUUUAGUAUCAGUUUGUGAUUAAUUCUAUCUGUAAUAUAUUAUAUUAUUCUUCUAGGAAGAUAAAACAGAGCCCUUGAUCUGUCUUGAGGACCGUUUAUCUAGUGUUGUUUAAUGAAUUUUCCUUUUUAUCUA